AUGGAGUCUGCCUUUCCUAUGGCCACAUGGCGCACCGCGCCAUACCCGGCGAUAUCUCCUUCCCGCCCCGAGCUGUCCCAGGCCGGACGAACAGUCCUCGUCUGCGGCGCCUCGACAGGCAUCGGCUACUCUAUCGCCAAGGCAUUCUGCGCCGCCAAGGCCGGCAAGGUCGUGAUGCUCGGCCGCCGCCAGGACGUGCUGGACAAGGCGGCGCAGGGCCUGGCGGGCGCGCACCCGGACACGCAGGUGGCCCCGCGGGUCUGCGACAUCUUUGACGAGGACGCCGCCGGCAAGCUGUGGGCCGAGUUCGAGGCCGAGGGCACGGUCGUCGACGUGCUGGUGUGGAGCGGGGUGCACUUUCCCGCGUUCGCGAGCAUCUUGAAGCAGGGUGUCAAGAGGCUGUGGGAGGAUCUCGAGAGCAAUGUCCGCAUGCCUCUUCUCUGGGUGGAGAAGCUGUAUAACCAGCCCGGCGGCGCGGAUCGGCAGAAGAGCAGCAUCUACGUCACCACCAAGGACAUUGCCAGGUGGGGUGACACGGAGGGCAUGCCGGGCUACCAGCUGUCCAAGUCGGCGGGGACGUGCGCGAUGCAGCAGGUUGCGCGCGACGUGCCGGUGGCCGAGUUGCAGAUGGUCAGCAUGCACCCGGGCGUGAUCUUCACCGAGGCGUGCGAGGCUGCGGGAUACACGCGUGACACCUUGCCGUGGGCUCAUGAUGAUCUCCCGGGCCACUUUGCGGUCUGGGCCGCGUCGCCCGAGGCUGAGUUCCUGCAUGGUCGUUAUGUCUGGGUCAACUGGGAUGUUGAGGAUCUUCAGAAGGGCGAGAUCAGAGACAAGCUUGAUGCGGAUCCGUGGUAUCUCAAGGUCGGCAUUAAGGGUCUGUGAGGGCGGUCAUGCAAAGGUGACGGGUUCCGCGG